GUCGUUCGCUGAUACUCAACAUGGCGGCUCCUCCACAAGAAUCUGCACAAGUUCCAAGAAACUUUAAGCUGUUAGAUGAACUUGAACAAGGACAGAAAGGAACAGGAGAUGGCAGUAUAAGCUGGGGUCUAGAUAAUGAUGAUGAUAUGAGUCUAACAUACUGGAAUGGAAUGGUUUUAGGUCCCCCUAGGACACCUUUUGAAAGUAGGAUUUAUUCCUUAAAGAUAGAAUGUGGGCCUCAGUAUCCAGAUCGACCUCCCUCUGUGAGGUUUGCCACUAGGAUUAAAAUGAUGUGUGUAAACGAAUCUACUGGAGUAAUUGAUACAAAAAAACUAGAUAGUAUGAGAAAUUGGAAUAGGAACAUGUCAAUAAAGAAUGUACUACAGGAUAUCCGGCGCCAAAUGACACUGAAGGAGAACAGUAAACUGUCUCAACCCCCAGAAGGAAGUUCGUUUUGAUUGGACGAUAACUUAAAUAAAGUGCUAGUAUUUUUUUGAACUAUUUCACUGGAACAUCACAGGAGAAGAUUGGUUUGAGAACCUUUCUUGUGUAAUGAUACACUAGAAAAUUUACUAUUCUAGACUAAUAAUAUGAAAUUUGAAGGGUAAAUAUUCUAAUGAUCAUGUUUAAGUGGGGUACGUUGUGCAUUAAGUUUUGAUCUUGCGUACCAGAAUACCAAAAUUGCUUUGUAUGUAGGCAUUUUUGCAUUGACAGUGCUGAUUUUUUUUCAAGUUUUCAGAAUCAAUAUAGUGAAAAUCUUAAGACAUAUUCCUUUUAUAUGUUUUGCAUCCAUGUAAAUUUGUAUUAAUUAGCCCUUUGAAGGGAAGGGGAAUUUGAUAUGAAAAUAGUUUUCAAAUGUUAUGAGUAUCUUUCCUUUGCAACCUGCAUUGUAUACUGUCAUAUUUAGAAAAUCUAAAUAAUUAGUGCUACAUGUACAUAUAUAAUUCAGGUGUCAAUUAAGUAAUGUAAUGUGGCAUUUUUGUUAGAAUAAUUGAGUUAGUGGUACACGUAUUCACAUUACAGUACCCAUUAAUCAUAAUAUGUUAAUGAAAUUAUUGAAGGGCAUAGCAGUAUACUCUAUUGCAUUUUCUCUUAUAAGUUAUGCAACAGAUGAAUUGAUGAAUUAUGUUGUAAUUAAUUUAGGACAAUCACAAUUAGAAUUUGAAUUUUGCAGAAAUUAUUUCUUUAAAGAUUUAUCAUCUCCAGCAAAGAACUAAAACCAAAGUCUCUAGCCCAGAAUAUCUGAUCAAUGCCAUAUUUAUUUCUUACAGAAAAUGGAUUCAGAAUGCAAAUAUGGAAAGACACAUUAGUCAUUUAGAAUAAAUUAUGUAAAAGAAAAAAUGCAGAAUACUUUGUCACUUUAAGUUUAUAAAGUAUUUUUCAUGAAUGUUACCUCCAGUGUCUGUGUGAUUUAAUAAAGGUUCUCUCCCUUUGUAAGCGGGAUACCAUUUCAUCAAUGGGUGUAGUGGUACCUGAUAAUGAUGCUUUAGUUGUUAACCUUUCAUCAUUAGAUGAAUGCUGAUGAUUGACACACGUAUUUGGUUCAUUUUGUCCUUACUCUUGAAGUAAAUAAACUUAUUCACAAA